AUGCUGUGUUGGAUUGCCGUUGCCGCUACGUCCGUGGCGCAUGCAUACUUUGCUAAUUACCAAACCUCAGUCGUAUCCCCAUACCUGAGUCAACUGCGGUCGUCGCCCAACAGUGCCAUGAUCUGCCAAGGGGUGCUCAUAGACCCCAACUUUGCCCUUUUUACUCGAGCGUGUGCUGAGAAUCACAACGAAGCGGACAAAGUUGUGGUGGGGGCCAAACGCAUCAAUGGCGGGCUAAACGACGGCGAGUGGAUCCCCGUGGCCAAGAAGUUUUACAGUGCCAACACUUCCCUGGACUUUGUCAUCGUGCAGUUGGCUCGACCGUCCACGUACUCCCCAAUGCGAAUCCUAUGGGACGACGUCGAGCCUGGCAAACGCGUGUGGCUGCGUGGAUGGUUCCCAUUUAACAAGGACGAAUCCCUGAAAACCAUCUGGACUACCAAACUUGAAAUCGUCGCCAACGACAAGUGCCAGGCCAGGUUGAACCGCACCGUGUACGACUACCAAGUAUGCGGCGAGAACGAGAACAUUGACAUGUGCAGUUGGUACAUUCUCGGCGCCAUCUUGACCGAGAUCGAUGGCAACGAGUACCUUGUUGGCACGUUGACCUUGUACGACUGCGAUGCCAAGCCCGCGUGGCAGAUCUUCAAUCGCAUCUCUGCCGGUCGAUUGUUCAUCGAGCCAUUCCUUUGCCGGGGAAUCGAGCAGUCUUGGUAG